AUGGCAGAUGAAAUCCUCCGUAUAACCCGUGCUGGGCAAGAGACAGGAAAUCCUUACUCUUAUUUCCCAUAUCAGUCCGAUCUCGGUCUUGUCAGAAGAUCGCCUUACUCUUCCAAUGCAAACCCCUACCUCUUCACUUGGAUCCACAUCAUCGGAUCCAUUUUGGGUCACAAGAGAUCUCAAAAUGCCAGAUUUAUAUUCGACGGAAGAUUGGCAGAUGUUGGUCUGAAUGCUGUGUUGGUGGCCUGGGUAUAUGGGUAUGGGUAUAUGGGCCGAGGUGGAGAAGCGGAGGAUGAAGAGGAUAGAGCUGGGCAUGACGAAGAUGAACUCUGGGUGAAGACUCAAGGAAGAGACCCUAAAACAUGGUAUUCUCUUCUGAAAAAGGCUGGAUUCAAACUUCCAAGGGUUGUUCUCAAGACUAUUGCGAGACGGAGAGAAAGAAUAAUGGAUGUCAGAGAUGACACAGUUGGAGAAUAUGUGAAGAACAGGUUCAUUUGU